AAAGAAUUGACACACUUUAAGGGUACCCUGCAACAUGAAUGCACAAGUAACGAUCUCCGGUAUUUCUCAGAAUUCUAAUGAAUGUGACAACCCUGGGAAUUCUGACCGGAUGCAGAAAUCGCUUAAAGAAUCUGAUGGACAGCCAGACUGUUUUGUCACUCACGGAAAGCGAUUGCACAACAGUACCUUUCGUCCACAACCAGUAACAUCUUUAAUAUCUUUAUCUCAAAUACAAAAAAAUAUUUUGUCACAUUCUGAUAGAAAAAGAAGGCGGUUACAGUAUGAUAAUGCAUGGAAUAUUUUAGAAAAGGGAGAUGCUAGACUAUCCAAUCAUAACAAACCUUCCGUAACAACAAAGCAAUUGAAUACUUCAUACGUUUUUGUAGGGAGCGUGCAAGAAACAUCACGAGAGGUUAAGGCACCCCCUACACAUUCAUCGGGUCUAACAGAUGACUCUAGCCGAUAUUCUGGAGACACAGAGGAUUACAAGUCCAGAUCAAAAGUUUGUUCUAUGAAGAAGAUAUGCAAGUACGUUCUCUGGAUACUCAUAAUUCUCAGUAUAACGGCUGUCGUAGCGAUAUCCGCUAUCAAUUACCAAAAUAGCCAGGCUAAAAAGCUUACCAAUAGUAUGGAAGCACAGAUUGAUGAUAACAAUGAAAUUAACAAGACACUCGGUAUUGUAUUGGACAAGUUUGAUGCAAUUAAAAAGUCGAUCGAGUCUAUGAAGUCACUUGUGGAAGAGACCAACAAUAACGUUAAAUCGAGAAAUGAUUUGACAAACCAGAGGUCUCCAGUUUAUUCAAGUGGUGGAUCCGUAUCGGAUUCAUCGGAUUCAGGAGGACAAUGCAAGCACACUACAAAUGAUGGAUGUGUGAAAGAUUGUCGCCUAAUGUGUAAUGGGGACUACCAGUCCUGUGAAACAUGUGAGGGUUACGUCUCUUGUAAUUCUGAAUAUCUAACAAAACGAAAAUGUUCAAAUACCGAUAUAAUUCUUUUUUGGGAUGACAAACUCAAAGCAUGUGAACAUAGAAGUAGUACAUGUAUUGUUUAGUGACAAAACACGCAAUGUUUUGAAGAUGUUAAGUGGUCAAUUAUAUUUGUGUACUUCAAACAACAGAAAUGUUGUUAUAUCCUCAUGUAUUGGAUAAUUUUACACUGUAGAUAUCAUAUAUAAAUUUCAUUCAUUUUUGUAACUGAAUAAUUUUCCUCAUACCAUAACUAAUCGAUACUUCUAACUUAAAGAAAAUUUCUGCUAUAAUUAAGACGCUUAUUUCUUUUUUGUCCAACUGUCUUUCUUCUGCAGCACGUUUAUAAAUAAUGAAUUUUUCAUGAAUAAAUUUCUUAUAAUACGAGAUGUUGUUAAAAUGCCCAGACAAUAAUAACGUGUGUACUGUGCAUGAGUUGUUUUAACGUUUCUGGUUGUAAAAUUGUUUCUCCGAAGCAUGCGAUAUAUGUUUAGUUCUUUUCUAAUAUAAAUUGUAUAUACGCCAUUUGAUGUAGGAUUCGUAUGUAACCAUCCUUAAUUUUGAUGCAUGACUUCUUUAAAUCAAAUAUUUAUACGAUACUCAAAAUUGUUUUAUUUUUAUGAUGGAUAUCAAAAUAACUGCGAUCGAUAGCAUUGUAUAGUCGCCCAACAAGUCAUUUUUUGAUAAUUGUCAAAUUUAAUUUAUUUUUAAAAUAAUGUUAACAUUUAUAUUUUUAUUAGAUAUAAAUGAUUCAGUCAAACGAAGAAAAAUAACUUUGCAUUCUGGGUUAAAAUAGCUCAUUUUAAAAUAGAAACUAACAGAAAACGGAAUUUUAAAAAAAUCUCCCCUCCUGUUAAACAAAAACUCUUUUAGAUGUGUUUAAUAAUUCUUAUUUAGCAUAUUUAAACCAAAGAGUUUGUUGUUUCAUUGGGGGGGGGGAUAUGUCUACAGACCAAAAUACAUUUCAAAAAACAUUUUGCUUCGUAACGUUUCAAAAAAUAAUUAACAAAUAUUAAUCAAAAUGAAAAUUUAAGUUUAUAUCCAACGUAUACAUGUGAUUUUUGGGAGUUGAUUUGAAUCAACUCUCGAGUCCUAUGCAGUUACUCUGGCAAACCGAAAGUGAAACAGUGUUUUGGACCUAAGCAUAAAUCAUCACCGCUGACAAGUCUUAGUUCUUGAAUAUAAUAGAAAAAUUCGAUGUAAUGUAUGCUGAAGCAUUGUUUUUCAAGGAAACUUAUCUAUAAACACUUUGUAAUUAGUCAGAUUUUAUAUACAUGUAAUACGAACAAUUUAGAUAUUUUUGUAGUUUCAUGUAUUCCUACGCCAGAGUUUAAUAUAGUCUCGUGCAACCAAACGCAUGGCUCUCUGCGCAAGUCUCCGACAAA